AUGCCUCCUGCUAAGCGGUUGGUCGUCUCCUUCUUUGGAGCCAACGCCGAUGGAGCAGCUGCGGAUGGAGACGCCAAUGGAGCCGCCGUUGGAGCCGCUGAUGGAGUCGCCGCUGGAGCGGCAGUUGGAGCUGCCGUUGGAGCCGCCGAUGGAGUCGCUGCUGGAGUCGCUGACGUUGCUGCUGCUACUGCCGCCCCUGCACCUGCUAUGGUGGCCGCUGUCGCCCGACUAAGUGCGCCUGCCCGUUCAGCUCCUGCUGGUAGCUUUGUGGCUGCCAGUGUGGUGAAGGACGGGACUGAUGCCGUAUUGGCUCAGCUUGCGGGUGUAGACCAGACGGUAAGGUCCGCUGUGCUGCGCGCUGGACUGGCGUCGGAAGCGACCAUCGCCGUUUUGGAGGCAGCUUAG